CUAAUUCCCUCGAAUCAGUGGGGAAAAUACUAUGUUCUACUGGCUAGCUAGCUGGUUAACUUUUUAAAAGUUAAUUCUCUAUACAAGAAACCACGUCUGGAUUAUUACAGUUAAGAUUAUCUUAAUGGCUCUCUUCAUUAUGAAUAAAAUGUAGUAGGAGCUGCUGUUGAAACUGAAAACUGCUACACCUUUGCCGGAAGAGAAUUUAGCAAUACACCUGCAAGAUCUUAAAAUUCUCUGUUUUACUAGCACAUCUUGUUCAACAUCUAGGAAGUUAGCAUUUGGAGCAUUAUUCCCCCCGUAUAACCUUACAAAAUGCACAGUCUUACACACAUAGUUAGCAAAUGCAUGCAUAUUUGUAGAGACAUAAACGGAGUAUUUUCUUCCCUGUGCUCUUUAAAGUGUAUCCUCUGCAGGGUUAAAGUUUCGUUGCUUAAUGAGGAUGGGGUACGGAACACGCUACACGAGAACGAGGGGAAAUCGCCCGGCUCCUGGGUGUAAAGCGCUCCGAGAACAAAGGAGGCUCGGGUUUAGGUCCCUCCUCCAACCCAGGCGGACUUCCCGCCGCUGCCCUUCCGGUUCUCACUCCGGUCCGCAGAGGUUGCCUAUAAAAGAGAGCUGCGCGCUCUGCCUGCAUUCUUUUGCUCUCAGACUUCCCGAAGAUGUCAGGUCGUGGCAAAGGCGGGAAAGGCCUGGGCAAGGGGGGCGCCAAGCGUCACCGCAAGGUGCUGCGCGACAACAUCCAGGGCAUCACGAAGCCCGCCAUCCGGCGGCUGGCCCGGCGCGGCGGCGUGAAGCGCAUCUCCGGCCUCAUCUACGAGGAGACCCGCGGGGUGCUCAAGGUGUUCCUGGAGAACGUGAUCCGGGACGCCGUCACCUACACGGAGCACGCCAAGCGCAAGACAGUCACGGCCAUGGACGUGGUGUACGCGCUCAAGCGCCAGGGCCGCACCCUCUACGGCUUCGGGGGCUAAAGUUUUUUAAACGUUCCCGUCGCUUACCAAAAAGGCCCUUUUUAGGGCCCCCAA